UGAUUUGUUAACUAUCAAACCUAGAAAAGUUGAAGUUUUUCCUGGCAUUCUCUAGAAGAAAACAUGAGAAACUUAAAUCUUUUUUUAUUUGCUGUGGUACUUAUACCCUCAAUUUAUGCAGCCGUUGGUCGCGCUAGACCAGAUUGUAGCUCUCAACCGAACGGUGCUAUUAUAACAGAUCCGAAAUCUUGUGCUCAUUACUAUCAGUGUUAUUUGGGUCGUACCUUUCGUAAACGUUGUUUGGGUGGUUUUUAUUAUGAUGAGAAAAUGAAAAUGUGUAAUUUCCCGCAAUUUGUUCAGUGUAAUGGUCGUGGUGUUAGAGGUUCUAGAGAAAAUAGUUCUAAGAAUUGUGGCGAAACUACUACGACUACACCUUGUAAUCCUCCUGCAGCUCCAACAACUACUACUACACCAUGUAAUCCUCCCGCAGCUCCUACAACUACUACUCCACCAUGUAAUCCUCCAGAUGCACCAACAACUACUACUACACCAUGUAAUCCUCCAGCUGCCCCUACAACUACAACUCCACCAUGUAAUCCUCCAGAUUCACCAACAACUACUACUACACCAUGUAAUCCUACCGCUGCCCCUACAACUACCACUCCACCAUGUAAUCCACCAGAAGCUCCAACAACAACUACUACUACACCAUGUAACCCUCCCGCUGUACCGACAACAACCACUCCACCAUGUAAUCCUCCAGCAGCUCCAACAACUACUACUACACCAUGUAAUCCUCCAGCUGCCCCUAAAACUACAACUCCACCAUGUAAUCCUCCUGCAGCUCCAACAACUACUACUACACCAUGUAACCCUCCCCCUGCUCCUACAACUACUACUACACCAUGUAAUCCUCCUGCUGCUCCUACAACUACCACUCCAACAUGUAAUCCUCCAGAUUCACCAACAACUACUACUACACCAUGUAAUCCUCCCGAUGCUCCUACAACUACUACACCACCAUGUAAUCCUCCUGCAGCUCCAACAACUACCACUCCACCAUGUAAUCCUCCUGCAGCUCCAACAACUACUACUACACCAUGUAAUCCUCCCGAUGCUCCUACAACUACCACAUCACCAUGUAAUCCUCCUGCAGCUCCAACAACUACUACUACACCAUGUAAUCCUCCCGCUGCCCCUACAACUACCACUCCACCAUGUAAUCCACCAGAAGCUCCUACAACUACUACUACACCAUGUAAUCCUCCCGAUGCUCCUACAACUACCACUCCACCAUGUAAUCCUCCAGAUUCACCAACAACUACUACUACACCAUGUAAUCCUCCCGAUGCUCCUACAACUACCACACCACCAUGUAAUCCUCCUGCAGCUCCAACAACUACCACUCCACCAUGUAAUCCUCCUGCAGCUCCAACAACUACUACUACACCAUGUAAUCCUCCUGAAGCUCCAACAACCACUACUACUACACCAUGUAAUCCUCCAGCUACCCCUACAACUACAACUCCACCAUGUAAUUCUCCAGAUUUACCAACAACUACUACUACACCAUGUAAUCCUCCCGCUGCCCCUACAACUACCACUCCACCAUGUAAUCCACCAGAAGCUCCUACAACUACCACUACACCAUGUAAUCCUCCAGCUGCCCCUACAACUACAACUCCACCAUGUAAUCCUCCAGAUUCACCAACAACUACUACUACACCAUGUAAUCCUCCCGCUGCUCCUACAACUACCACUCCACCAUGUAAUCCUCCUGCAGCUCCAACAACUACUACUACACCAUGUAAUCCUCCAGCAGCUCCAACAACUACCACUCCACCAUGUAAUCCUCCAGCAGCUCCAACAACUACCACUCCACCAUGUAAUCCUCCCGCUGCUCCUACAACUACCACUCCACCAUGUAAUCCUCCCGCUGCUCCUACAACUACCACUACACCAUGUAAUCCUCCAGAAGCUCCAACAACUACCACUACACCAUGUAAUCCUCCAGCAGCUCCUACGACUACCACUCCACCAUGUAAUCCUCCCGCUGCUCGUACAACUACCACUCCACCAUGUAAUCCUCCCGCUGCUCCUACAACUACCACUACACCAUGUAAUCCCCCAGCAGCUCCUACGACUACCACUCCACCAUGUAAUACUCCAGAAGCACCAACAACAACAACACCAUGUAAUCCUCCAGCAGCUCCUACAACUACCACUCCACCAUGUAAUCCUCCAGCAGCUCCAACAACUACCACUCCACCAUGUAAUCCUCCAGCAUCAGCACCAACAACUACUACUACACCGUGCAACCCACCAACAAAAGCCCCAACUACAACACCAUGCAACCCACCAACCAAAGCCCCAACUACAACACCAUGCAACCCACCAACUAAAGCCCCAACUACAACACCAUGCAACCCACCAACUAAAGCCCCAACUACAACACCAUGCAAUCCACCAACUAAAGCCCCAACCACAACACCAUGCAAUCCACCAACUAAAGCCCCAACUACAACACCAUGCAAUCCACCUACCAAACCCCCAACUACAACACCAUGUGGUAGCAAUGGUCAAAACUCAAACAAUGCCAAUAAACCCCAUAAAAAUAUAAUCCAACAAUUAUUAGGUAAGUUUCCAAACUUCUCUAUCACCCCCUCCUCGAUCACUCAACAGAAAAGAAUUAACAGCUUGUGUUUAAACAAACGUCCCGGAACUUAUGUAAGAGAUCCCAAAGAUUGUGCCACCUACUAUAUGUGUAACUUUGAUCAGACCAUUGUAAGCAAAUGUCCCCAGGGUCUUUACUUUGAUAGCGAAAAACGUUUCUGUAAUUUUGCUAAAUUUGUAAAAUGCAAUGUUUAAGUGUAAAUUGUUUAUGAAGAAUGUUUUAAAUAAUAAAGGCAGUUGAAAAAAA